ACUACAAGUUUCAAUUCUCCUUCACCGAAAUUGCCAUUCAAUUGUUCUCUCGCUGCAGCUUCAAUUUCCUCGAGUGUCGCCAAAUUUCGUCAAAGGUUCUAAUUAGCUCGUUAAUUUCGAAUUUGAAGAACACAACUCUGUUGUAUUGAAAGGAUGGAACCAAACGAAGAAUUCGUGAAGGUUUUAGGUAAAGGUGCUGAUAGCUAUGUUGAUCUCGUCAGGUAUACAAGAACCGACGGCUCUUCGUUUCACGCCGCCGUAAAAAGCUGUAACGAAGAAGACUCUCUCCGGAAAGAGAUUAAGAUUCUUUCCGAACUCAGAAGAUGUCCGAGAAUCGUGCAAUUCUUUGGUGAUGGUUUGGAACAAGGUUUCGACUGUGAAAGAAACAAGGUCUACAAGUUGCUUCUUGAAUACGCAUCCGAAGGGAGUUUAAGAGCUUUCAUGGACACAUACAAAGAUAGAAAAUUACCAGACUUGAUGAUCAGAGACUUCACGCGGAUGAUUCUCGAAGGCUUGGUAUCGAUUCACGGACACGGUUAUGUUCAUUGUGAUCUCAAGCCAGAUAAUCUCCUUGUCUUCCCUAGUGGAGAUUCUUACGAGUUGAAGAUUUCUGAUUUUGGACUCUCGUUAGAAGUCGGACAAGUUCCUAACCACUGGAAACCCUAUUGGCCGUUUGUUGGAACGCCUUAUUACAUGCCGCCAGAGUCUCUACGCGACGGUGCUGCCAAGAAAACCAUAGAUCUGUGGUCAUUAGGGUGUUUAGUAUUGGAGAUGUAUAUGGGUAAGAUUCCAUGGCCAUGGGUUGUAUACGCUGAUCUCGUGCAUAGCCUCUUGAAUGGUAAUGCUCCAGAGAUUCCAGAGAGCUUGCCUUACGAUGCAAGAGAGUUUAUUCAAACGUGUUUUGCAAGGAAUCCUGAGGACAGGGGUAGCGCCUUUGAGCUACUGUCGCAUCAGUUUUUGCAUCCAGAAGAGACGUUCGAUUUCGUCUUCGUUACGGCUGAAGGUGAAGUUGAAAAUCAACCGACAGAACAAAUAUGGAAAUUGAAGAGUUUUCCAUCUAAGCCUCUACAGUUUAAGAAAAUCCUGAAUAAGUUGUUGAGGUUGCAGAGUGUCUUCUGAAACUAUAUGUGCUUAAUUUUUACUUCGUUACUUUUGUAAGCAGAUCAAGCUACUACAUUAUGAUGCAAAUAUAGAUGUCUGUCUCUUAAUUUGUU